UUCAGGGAGUUUCAUUGUGAAAAUGCUACAUUAACAAACUUCAAGGACUCUUGUUUUGAAAACACUAAUCAGAGAAUGUACUCUAAGGACUCUUACUGUGGAAACACCGUAAAGGGAUUACACUCUGAUGGUCAUUACACAGAAGACACCUCCAACACCAAAUCUGAUGACUUUUGUUGCGAAAAUAUAAAACAGGGAGCACAUUUAGAAGAAUCCUGUUGUAAAAACGUUAAGCCAUCUCCUGCCCCAGAGGAGUGCAUGUUGACAGUAAGUACUUGGUCACAGGUGUUGGGUGAAACGAACCCUGAGGACUCUUAUUGUGAAAAUACAACAAAAGGAGCUAAUUUGGAAGACUCUUGUGAUAAUAUCACACCGAGAUCAAACAUUAAUGUCCUUCAUUGUAAAAAUACCAACAAGAGAGCAGCUCCCGAUGACCUUUACUGUGAAAAUACCACAUCUACCAACACCAAGAAUGCUGACAGUGAAAAUGCUAAACAGAGAACACACAUAAAGAACUCUUUUUGUGAAAACACGGUGAAGAGACGGCAUUCUGAGGGCACGUACUGUGAAAAUACCACUCAAACAAGUUCAGAUUUCUUUAAUUGUAAAAACCUUGUAAAAACCUGUGCAAUCCUUAAGCUGUCUCCUGUCUUUGAGGAGCACAUCUGGACAGGGAGUACCUCCUCAAUAAAGCUGUCAAGUGGCACAGAAGCAUUCGAAAUAGGAGAAGAAGAAGAGGAACGAGGAGAUGACCCACAGGAGGACAAAGCGGAGGCGCAGGAGCAAAGCAGUGUCGAGCAGGAGCUGAAGAACAAACAUGAUCAAGAAGUGAAGCAAUGUGUUUUUGAAGGAGAGGAGCAGCAAGUAUGGAAGGAGCAGCUGGAAGAGGAGAAACAAGAAGAAGAUGAAAAGGAGCAAGAGAAACAAGAAGAGAAUGAUGUUCAUGAGAAGCUAAAGUGUAGCUAUGAAGAAGAGAAAGAAAAGUGCAUUUGUGAAGGAGAUGUGGAGAAAGAGGAAGAGGAGCAGCACCACGCCUCGGAAGAUCAAGAAGAGAAUCAGCAUCUUGUGGAGAAGAUUGAGGAAGAGAAGGAACAAACCUGGAACAGUGAAGAAGAGUGUCGGCAGAAAGAGGAAGAUCUGCUGGUAAAAGGAGAGGAGGAUGUGGAGGAGCCUCAAAAGGAAGAAGAAAAAGCAGAGAAGCAACAGCAGGAAAAGAUGGAGCAUCAUUGUGGCCAUGGAGAUAAGGAGGAACAUGACGAAGAGGUGGGAGCAGAAGGAUGUUCAGAUCUGGAGGCUGAAGGUUUAACCACUGACUCUGCUGAUCUCCAGUCAGAACCAGGACACCUGGGACUUUCAGCUGAUUCUGUCUCAAUCCCAAAACACUUCCCUGUGAAGUCCCCAGAGACGGUUUUGUCCAACCAGGCUGUCCAAUCUCACCAGUCCUCCUGUCCCCCUAAAUCGACGCAGUCCCUUCAGACCUUCCACUCGACACAAUCUUCUCAGGCCCUUGACCACAACCGACCCCUUCAGAUUCCACCGUCGGUCCAAAUCCAUCAAGUCCUUCAGUCUCACCGCCUCUCCCCGUCCCCUAAUUCCCUCCUGUCCCAUCAGUCUGGCCAGUCUUCAGAGUCCACUCAGUCUCCACUGUUUUCAUAUAACCACGUGUCAUUUCAGUCUCCCCCGUCCAAUAACCAUCUCAAAUCUCCACAUUCUUCCAAUGUGUUGGAGUCACCCCGGUCCACAUCAAUCUUCCACGCCCCCCAGAUCUUCCAUUCUUCACGAUCCCCCCAGUCUCCACAGUUCCCCCAGUACUCUAAGUCGUCUCAGUCCACUUUUUACAGCCUGCUACUGAACUCUGGAGCCGUUUGUCUUCCAGGAAGCACAGAUAGAAACGGGCGGGCUCUGCUCACUGUCUCCACCUGGAGCUCAGUAUGGUCUCAUCCUGACUGUGAGGGAGCAGACCUUCUCCACCUCCUGCUCUAUUACAGCUCCACCCUCAGGGAGGAAGUUCGAGCGUCGGGACUUACAGUGCUGGUGGAUGCACGCAGAACUGCUCCCGUACCCGCCCUCUUCUCCGCCCUCAGGUGUCUGCAGGAAAAAAAUAGUUCUGUUCAUACUGUGUUGCUGCUGGUUGAUAAAGAUUCCUCUUACAUGCGUGUGGACAAACGGACACUUCCUCAGGUGGAGGUGCUGACGUCUCUGAAAUCUUUGGACAGACAGGUGGCGCUGCAGCAGGUUCCUGUUGAGUUCGGAGGCUCCUUCAGCUUCAGUCAAAGCAGCUGGCUCUACUUCAGAUCGAGGGUGGAGCAGCUGACCAAACAAUGCCAAGAUGUCAUCAGGUUGCUGCAGGAGACCAUCAACAUCCUACAGACCACGCCCCUUCCUGCUGCUGCUCAGGAUGCCGAGCUGCUGUCCUCCCGCUACAAGUCAGCGAUGUCUAGUGUGCUUGCAGACAGCCGCCUGGUGCAGUUACAGCAGGAGGGGGGGGCCUCUCUGUCAUGGCUGCGUAGAGAGGCGGAGUCGAAGGCGUGGUCAGCGCCAGUGGAGAAGGUGUCUUCUCUGUACAAUCAGGUGGACGAACUUCUUCACUGUCUGGUGACACUGUCCAACACCAGGACGAGGCAGCUGAGCUUCAUCCUAGACUUCAACAGCCUGGAGCAGGAGCUUACUGAGGUGAGUUUAUGGCUGCGGCAAGAAGCAGAGCCUCGUCUGAAGAAUCUGAGUAAAGAAGAAGAGGAUGAUUCUCUCCAGCUUGUCAUCAAGAAACAGCAGCAGUUCAAAGAGUUGUAUGCCAGUGCACAUGACUACUGUCAACGUGGAGAGGCUUUGCUCAAACGUCUCGAACGCUGGGAGGGUGUUUCCACAGCUGACCUCCAUGUCUAUGAAGUCAGGAUCAACUCUUUCUGGACUCUGGUUCAGAGUUUUUCUGAGCGACUAGAGGCCACAGGACAGAAUAUCCAACAGGCCUGCCAACUGUACCGCUUCUUAGACCAGGCCUAUGGAUGGGCGUUGGCAGGCCUGCGUCACCUUGCAGGUGUCAGUAUGGAGGAAUGCACGCUGCCCAACAAAUGCCAGGCUGUGAUUGACUCCCUGCAGGAAUACCAGAGCCAACAUCCACCAAUCCCUGAUGCUCGUUUCCAGGAGAUGAAGGUGGAGGCAGAGAAGCUGCAGGGAGAGCGUGGCCUCCGUCAGUGGAGCUUCGCCUGGUCCAAGUGUCAGGAAACCAGCAAGAUGUUUGACAGGAAGUUGGAGACUGCACUUAAGACACGAGAUGCUGCCCAGAGAAGGAGCUCUGUUCCCAGCCUGAGUCCCACCUCCUCUUCCAGUAAAACGGAACUAGGAUACUCGGACUCCUCCUCCUCCAGCUCUUUAUCCUGUCCUGUGACUGAGGAUCUCGACGUAUCCAUACCUCCACGCAGCUCCUCUUUCGUGCUUCCUCGCUCCUUCUCUCCCAUGUCUUCCACACCUGUGCAGCGGCGCACACCACUCCUCUCUCGUCUGAACUCCUCCUCCAGCAGAAAACAGCAGCUCAGAAAGACGCACAGUUUCGACUGCCCGCCCACUCCCGAGGCAUCACGCUAUGGAGCAUGUCCACGUGCCCACAGUGAACCGGUGCGGAGAGGAAACACCGGCGUGUUCAUUCGCGGCCUGGAGGUCAGCAGCACUGAGGCAGCCGACCGCACACUGUGCCCCAGGACGCCUGCUCACAGAUGGGCAGGGCCAGGAGCUCGCAGCCCAGGGACACCUCCUGCAGAGGCACGCCCACGGGGGAGUAAACUGCGUCACAUCAUGGAGGAGAUGGUAACCACGGAGCGAGAAUAUGUGCGGUCCUUGCGUUACAUCAUCAUUCACUACUUCCCGGAGAUGGAGCGCUACGACCUUCCUCAGGACCUGAGGGGUAAACGCUCGGUCAUCUUUGGAAACCUGGAGAAACUUCUGGACUUCCACAGUCAGUUCUUCCUCCGUGAGCUGGAGUCAUGCUGGAAACACCCUCUCAGAGUUUCACACUGCUUCCUGCGACAUCAGGAGCAGUUUGCUCUCUACGCCCUUUACAGUAAGAACAAACCAAAGUCUGACACCCUGCUGGCCAACCAUGGAAACUCCUUUUUCAGGAGGAAGCAGCUGGAGCUGGGUGAUAAGAUGGAUCUGUCGUCGUACCUGCUGAAACCCAUCCAGAGGAUGAGUAAAUAUGCGUUGCUGCUCAAUGACAUCAUCAAAGAGGUGGGUGUGUCCCAAGAGGCGGAGCUAACUGCACUGCAGGCAGCAGCCCACAUGGUCAAGUUUCAGCUGCGCCAUGGCAACGACCUACUGGCAAUGGACGCCAUCCGAGACUGUGACGUGAACCUAAAGGAGCAGGGUCAGCUGAUACGGCAGGAGGAGGUGACCGUGUGGAGCGGCCGCAAAAAGUGCCAACGCCACAUGUUCCUCUUUGAGGAGCUGCUUCUCCUCAGUAAAGCCAAGAAGAUGGAAGGAGGUCUAGACGUCUUCAAUAAACACGCUUUCAAGACUGCAGACAUCGGUCUGACAGAGUCCAGUGGGGACAGUGGCCUCAGGUUUGAGAUCUGGUUCAGGAGGAGAACCAAGGCAAAGAACCAGACCCUGGUUCUGCAGGCGGCCACAGCCCUCUCCAAACAGCAGUGGACCAGUGACAUUGCCCGCAUCCUGUGGAGGCAGGCCAACAGGAGCAAAGAGAUACGUCUACAGGAAAUGGUAAAUAUGGGUGUGGGCAGUAAACCCUUCAUGGACAUUCAGCCGAGUGAUGCAGCCAUCAGUGACCGAGCUGUUCAUUACAUCAUGAAAAGCAGAGGUGCCAGGACGCGGGCGUCCAUCGCCGUCUCUGUCUUAGAUCACAUCAACCCGUUCAAACGAGGGGUGGUGACCUCUGACCUGGGAACAUCUGCUUCCUCCAGUCUUUUGGGAUCCUUGGACCUUCACAUGUUCAGCCAAUCACUGCCCAGCACUGCCGACAGCUCUUUCAUGUCUUCCUGUGUGGAGGAGGACGAGCAGGAACAUGAGACCAGCAGUCAGCCGUCAAUGACCACAGAAAGUUCUGGCUCCUCCUCUCGUUGUCUGUCUGGUUCUACAGGCUCCGACAGCGGCUGUGUCUCAACCCUCCAGCCGGAGGAGCCGCAGCUACACUCCUCCUCGUCGUUUAUUUCAACAAAACCUGCUGCUGUCAUCGGUCCAUCGACCAUCGUCUGAGUUCUUUCACCUUGUUUUUUUUUCAGAUUUACCUCAGUAACACUAAUUGACCACAAGAGGGAGCAGCACCUUUUGCCAAGGUCUAAUCGUCGUGUCCGCCUUCGCUUUGCUUCAGUUUGAAUGUCAGCGUUACACUUUCACUUUUAUUUAUACUGUUUUUUUUCUUUGUAUUUUCUGUAAAUAUGAAGUCUUAACUGUUCUAACUGAUCCAGGGUCGGUGUGUGUGUAAAUACACGUUCACAGUGAAAUAAACUCUAGUCCAACUAUUCAUUUGUCUGUUUGGCUGCAUCUUUUUCUGCCCCAUCAUUUUAGGAGGAACUGAUCUCAGGUGGUUUUUACGUGGACUAGCUGAAGAAAAUGGACCAGACAGUGGAGGCGUCACUAAACAUACAGGGCAGACUGUUGUUUUGAUACAAACUCAGCACUUUCUUUAUUGCGUGCACAGUGAUGAUAGAAAUAGAAGCUGUGUGUUUUAUAGAAAAGCUGGUAAACCAACCCACGGUGUACUGUACAUUCAGUAACAAACAAUAAAUAUUUUACUGUCAAACUUGUAAAAAUAAACCGUCACUGAUCUUGUAGACAGAUUAUCA